CUGAGGCUCGAGAGUGCCGUGAGGGCCGCGUGCCACCCCUCCUCUCGCGAUUUUCCUGGCGGUGGAGGAGAGGAAGGAGUCGGGUCGGGAGCGGGAGUGAUUUGGUGUAAAAUAUAUGGAGGGGAUCUUGCACCUUGGUGGGGAUGCGUCGCGACGCGCUUGAUGACCGCUCAGCGGGGCAAAAGGACUGGUAGGGGUGAACAACCUUCAUUGUCUGUCUGGUUGGAUCCGCCUACGGCCAUGUCUACCUUCGCAAAUUUAUGAAUUAAAUUUCUACUCCACAUCUAGCGAAGAAGACACAGACAUGAACUUUGCAGCAUUCUCAACGGUGGGCACCGCUGGGACUCACUUUGUGACCACCAGUGGGCAGAUGCCUGUCACCAAACUACAGCAAAAUGUGUCAAACAAUGGCACAUCUCUCCCACAGGUGGUGAGCAUGGUAGGGGGUGUGGGGAUGUCGGAGGGGGUGCAGUACGUGCGGGCGCUGGACGGCGGCGCCACGCUGCAGGCCGCGCCGCAGAUCAUCUCCGUGCCCAUCGCCUUGCCUGGAGCCAAGCCAGGAGACCCUCAGCAAACCAUACAGAUCCAGGUUCUCAACCCGAACCUGACGCUGCAGCCGCAGCAGCAGAAGUAUCAGAUGCAAAUACCGGGCUUCCAACAAGGUGGAGCUGUACUCACAGUCGCGUAUUCACCAGAAAACACCGACAAUGGGGGAAUCCAGCUUGUGCAACACAACGCCAUGUCCACUGAUGGCCAGAUACAACUACUGCUUCCCCAGGAGAUGCAGGUGAUGCAGCCCCAGCAGGCCAAUGACAACAAGGAGUCAAUACAACAUCAGGUGUUCAUCACGCCGAAUCAACAGAUUAUCAUCAACAGUCCGGACAGCAAACUGAACAACAACAACGUCAGCUCCAACAUCACCAGUGUUGUUGUCAAAGAGGAGUGCGAGGAUAUGGACGAAGACGAUAACUCUCAGGAAGCGGAAGUGACGUGGGACUCGAGCGCGAAUCAAGACCUCAUCAAGUAUCUCAACACACUGCCUGCUCAACAAACCCAAGCGCUGCCAGUGUCCCUGCAGCAGUUCCUGCGCCUCAACACGGCGGACAAGAAGCCGGAGCUGCAGAACACGGUGGUGCUGCAGGUGGAGCCCGAGCUGGAGCCCGACAGCAAGGACGAGGCCCUGGCCGCGGCUGUGCUGGGAGAAGAUGGCACGUUGAAAAUAAUUCAAAAUAAGAAGAAGAAGAAGUACAAGAAGAAGCCCCCUCGUCCCGCCCGGCCGAAGCCAGGGCAAGUGGUGAUCGCGACCGCGGAAGACGGCACCCCCAUCUACUGCUGUCCGGAGUGCAGCAUGGCGUACCCGGAGAAGGAGCAGCUGGAGAUGCAUCUCAUUGUGCACAAGAUCGAGAGGCGCUACAUCUGCGGCAUCUGUGGGGCCGGUUUGAAGCGCAAGGAGCACCUGGAGCGCCACAAGAUGGGCCACAACCCGGAGCGGCCGUACGUGUGCGGCGUCUGCAACAAGGGCUUCAAGCGGCGCGAACACCUCAACCUGCACACCGUCAUACACUCCGGCGUCAAGACAGAGAUGUGCACCGAGUGCGGGAAGGGCUUCUACCGCAAGGAUCACCUGCGCAAGCACAUGCGUUUCCAUGAGAACAAGCGCGCGCGCGACGAGGCGGCGGGGGGGGCGGGGGACACACACGACAAGCCCGCACUCACCACCGCCACCAACCCCACCACCUUGCUGCCCGAGAUAACUAUACACGUACCGACCAGCGCUAACGUGCAAGUCCCAGUGCAGAUCAACAUCCCGGAGCACGUGGUGACGUCACUGGCGCAGGCGCACGCGCACGCGCACGCGCACGCGCACGCGCACGCGAAUGACUCGCACAAGCAGCUGGACGCGCUGCUGACGCACCACUCCUGACCGCAGGGUGUGCGUUCCGGCGUCAAGAUAGAGUUCCAAGGUCACUGGAAAUCUGACCAGGAGGACGAUGAGUAACCACAGUUCAGUGUUCAGUCUUCUUGCAGUGAAGCGUUCCAAAUUUAAGUGCAGUGUAUUGAGAGUGUUAGAAUGCUGACGCGUUUUGGUGCCUGAUCAUCUGACGAGAUUUUAAAAAAAAUCUGUCAAUGUGUGGGUUUCGAUUAUUGGGAGUAUCUUCUAGAACACUUGACGAAGCUGUUUAGUGCAUGGAAAUUGUAUCUUGUUAAACAACUUCUUGUUUUCAACACAUCAUGUUAUACAAUACUUACUCAAGUAAAAUCGAGUUUUAUAGCUAAAAAUAAGAUUGAUCAUGUUAUUGAGCUAAAAUAUAACAUAUCAUAUAUCAUUUCAAAUUAAAAAAGCCAGUUUAUUAAUGUAAUAUAAAAUUGAGCCAGGGGAUGUUACCUUUUAGUCCCUAUAUUGUAAGUUAUAUAUCGUAAUUUGAUAGUAGGUACCUUUUUUAUCUAAAAGCUUGUUGUAGUAUAAUAUAAUGUAAAUAUUUUAACUUUUAUAUGAAAUGAAAAAUGUAUUAAAAAAAGAUUUCAUUUUCAUUGUUAUUGCCAGUUUUAUGUGACUAUUUAGAAUUAAUUGUCAUUUAAUGUGUCACUGAAAAGAAGACUAGAAGUUUUGUCUCUGAAACGUUUUUAGAACGAGAGUGUGACAUAAUUGUAUCACAAGUUAUUAUUAUUUAAUUGGUGAGAAAAUUUAUCUUUUCGGAAUGUUACAUUAUUGUUUGUGCUAUACAGACUUUAAUUAAAAUUCUCUUUUAAAGCCAAUAUCGCAUUCCCUCACCAUCCAAUUUAUAUUUGUAUGCCAUUACUGCCAGAAAAAGAUUAUUCAUGAGGAAAUAAUGGAACAAGGAUUUUUAUAAUGAUUUGAAAAAAAAAAAGGAAAAGUAUUAUCGAAUUUAAACACUCUUUAGAGUACAGGGUAUGAUGAUCGGAGAGUUGAGUAUUUGUAGAAAGCAGUUAGGAUGUAAUGCAACUUCUAAUGCAAAGUUUUCUUCGCUGGUUAGAUACAUAAUUAUUAGUGAAGUUUGUAGUAUUAGCCAAAUCAUAUAAGUUCAUGUUAAAAUUCAUCAAAUCUUCCACAGCUUUGUUGUAUUACAGAUACAUUUUGGAAAAUUGGAUGUAUCAUAUUAAACUGAUUUUAUUUUUAUAGAAAUUUUAUUAUGAAUAUAUCCUGACGUUUAACCAUAUUCAAGCAGAAUAUAAUUUGAGUAAAACCCAUUGAUAAAACCAUGAGUUUCUCAUUUGAACAAAAGUACAUACAGACUUGUGCUUGGACAAAUAAAAUUAGGAGGCUUUAUUUCAUAAUACAAUCUAUAAAAACAUAGUUCAAAUGGCAAAAUGUUUCAUGAGAUAUGUCAGAAAUUGUAUAUAGUGAAAUGUGAUUUUUAUCAUUAAUAUGCCUUAUUAAAUUGUGUCUACCGUAGAGUAUUUUUUUCUAAUGCAUGUAGUUUGUAUUGUUUUAUUAACAAUAAUGAUAAGUUUAUGUAUAAGUCAUUUGUAUAUAAAUCCAUAUGCUGCACUACAGUGAUUCCAUAUUCAUGUAAAUAUCAUUGUCACUGUGAUAUUUAUAUCAUAUUUUUCUCAUAAUUUUAACAUUAUAGAACAUUAUACAGGCUGAUAUUGGUAAUUCCAAUGGAAAAAUAUGUUACUUAUUCAUAAAAAAUAAAACCUAUUACCAGUUGGUCUCUUUCUGUCAAUGUCAAGGCAAUAGUUACUUUACUGGUUUUGUCUACAAUUAGAGUGAGAUAGGAACAAAAAAUAUGACAACUAAAGAAGGUUUCAUUUUCUAUGAACAAGACAGUUAUUCUGUUAUAUUUAUUGCAUCAUUACUUGUAGACCAUAAGCAACUCCUACACAAGAUAUUAAUAUCGUCAGCUUUAAUGUAGGUGUAAAGGUUUCCAAUUAUUUUUGUUGUAUAUAAGUUUUCACAUCACUUUAUUUAUAGCACAGUUAAGAACAAUGGUUUGCUGUGCAAUACCUAUUAAUAUUAAACCCCAUCUUUUCUAUUUAGGUCUUUAAACAUUGUUGUAGCCAUAGUCAUCAAAAUUCCGAACCUAAUUUCUCUAUAGUUUACAGUAUAUUUUUUUCAACAAUUACUGUAAAGUUACAAAAGUCUACACUUUUAUUUCAAGUAUUUAUUUUUUCAUGUUAGUGUUACUAUAAACAUCAUAGCACUUCUAUUGCUGCGCUCCUACUCAGCAAAAUAACAUUCAUUGUAAAAUGAGCUUAGAAGCAACCACUAUAGACAUCUUUUACAUUGACAAGACGAGAGCUGACAGCAAGGAGUGCACUAAUUAGUUUUCAUUGUAAAGUAAGUCUAAUGAGGACACGCUAUAGCUCACUUUUGAAUGAGCGUCAAAUUACUGGGUGGAAGCGGAGCAGUGGAAAUGUGCUGUGACUUUAGUGUAUUUAACGGGAAUUGAUUGGCACUUGUUUAUAAGGAUUUAUGGUACAGAAUUAUGUAUGGACAGAAUUAUGAAAUCAUAAUGCUAUUGCAUUAUACUUACAUUAGCAUGACUGUACUGUAUUCAGAUAUCAAUGUGGUGCUUCAAAACUUGUACGGUAUUAAGUGCGGAAAGUCGCUGGAAUGCUUCUGAUGAUAGGUUAUUAUAUUACUUGUUUCUGUGGAAUGUUUGCAUAAGUUUUGACAAUAUUUAUUAUACUGAAUUUCUGAGUCACGCGAAAAAUCCUGGGGUGCCCUGAUUUGUUUUCUCUUUCGUCGCUCGUACUAAUAUAUUUCUUCACUCUUCGUUCAAACGGGUUAGCAAUAUCUUUGCGUUCAAAGAAAAUAAGAGAAUUUACCUUAGAUCUCAUCCAUGUUUUUACGUAGUUUGGAACAGAGUAUUAAACCUUUUUGUUGUUUGGUGCUUUCAUAAAAUAUUUUUGCUUACGUUUUAUUGGGAAUUAUGUAAUAUUGUACGUAUUAUACGAACUUUGUACUAAUUUCUCGGUUUGUAGCCUUGUAUGUAAAUUGAUUUUACAAUUCUAAUUGUAAAUUACACCUUCAAAAUAUUUGGGAGAGGCAAAUUGGAACCAAAAAUGAGCGUAAGAAUUGACAAUUUAUUUUAAGGUUCAAUGUUUGAUUAGGUAUGUUUGUUUUCGUCAUAGGAAGCGACGUAUUAAUCUCUUAUAUAUUUUUUUCUUGAAUACGUCACAGGAAUCUUUGAAGAUUGAUUCUAGAUUUUAGGUAGUUUGUUAUAUAGUAUACGCCGAAUUACUAGCGUGGAAAAUUUUCAAUAUCUUGUACGCAAGAUUCAUGUAAAUGUUCUGAGGAAACAUAGGUGAUUUUCAGGAAAAUAAAACUCUGCAUUAUGGUGGAUUGGUGGAACCAAAACGCAAUGGUCAAUUGACCGCCUAACCACAAUGUGCAAGGUCUGUUUCCCAAAUUUUUAAUUUUUCCUGGGUUUUUAUCCUUGAGUAGGAAACAUUGCUAACAACGUAGCAUUGUUUUUGGUUUGAAAAAACAAGAUUUUUUUUUUCCAAAUUCUAAACAUUAACCAAGACCUGCCUGUGCCAUGGGAAAUAUUCGCACUUAUUUAUUGUUAAAGCUAAAACCAGUUGAACGCUUAUUAAUUGUAACAACUAAUAAGAAAAUGACAUUUUGGUUGAACUAAGGACAGAGUAUGACAAGACUAAUAACCAGUUUCCAAAGAUAUAAAUAAUUUGAAAUAAAUCAUGUUACAUUGAAAUAUUUUAAGUUCGCUUUUUCUAUACAGUCCCCACGACACAGGUAAGGUAAUUAAUAUUUUUUCCUUUUAUUAUUUAUGUCAAGUUAUUGUAAGAUAGUUUAAAUAUGAGUUAGACAAGUGAGCUCCUCUCGGAGUUGUAAGUAUAGACUUUUGUAUGAAACCUUUUAUUUAUUAAGAGGAUAAUGAGAUUAUAAAAUAAAAUCACAGAUUUUUCAUAUAAA